AGUGAGGGAAGGACUAGUGUUCUUUUUCCUAUUCAAAUAAUUGCUAAGAGUGGAUUUUUUUUUCAAAGUUCAAUAUGUUCGUUCAUAAAUGUCACUUUGAUUAGAGGAGCGAAAGGGAAGUAGGAUGAUGUCCAAUGUAUGUUCUAUGCAUGUGGCAGUGUGCAGUGUUACCAAAGUGUGUGUUGUAGUGACGUGUUCAAGUCGGGCUAGAACAACACAGGCUCAUCACUAAUGUUAUCCUGAUGUGUCAUGGUGAUGUGAUCAGGCUUGGUGGGGAGAAAUAACAGCCUCGUCACCAGUAUUAUCCUGACGUGUUCUGGUGAUGAAUCUUAACUGGAAAAUACAACACAGCCUCCUCAUUAAGUCAGCACCAAGACCAGCAGAGCAAUGUGACAAAGAUGAGGAAAAAACAGAUCUUGCUGCUGAAGAUCGGCGUGGUGGUGUGGGUGUGCGUCAUUUAUGCCUUCUUUCUGCACAAACCUUCUACACAGAAGUCUCAUGACAUCACUGAGCAGCUAGAUAAAUUGGAGGAAGAACUCAACAAGCAGUCCCAGUUUUACACUGUUCUACUUAAUAAGUUACGGACAAUGUAUCAGCAGCAGCAGAACUUGGGGGAUGAUGCAGUGCUACAGGACCCAAUAAUUGAGUCACCACUGCUGGAUGGACCAGUGCUACCUGUGCUGCUAAUUGCCUGCAACAGAGAUGCUGCAGUGCGGCGCUCACUUGACCUGUUGCUUAAGUACCGGCCCAGCCAGGAGCGCUUCCCUAUAGUAGUGUCCCAGGACUGUGGGCACCGGCCAACUAGGGAGGCCAUUGAGUCAUAUGGGGAUAAAGUGACCUUAAUUCAGCACCCAGAUCUGAGUGACAUAGAGGUGCCUCUGAAGGAGCGCAAAUUCAAAGGCUACUUCCUGAUUGCGCGACACUACCGGUGGGCGCUCAACCAGAUGUUCCAGAAGUUUGAAUAUGAGGCAGUCAUUAUUGUGGAGGAUGACUUGGACAUUGCACCGGAUUUUUACGAGUACUUUUCCGCAACGUACCCAAUUCUACGGGCUGACCCAUCCCUGUGGUGCGUGUCAGCAUGGAAUGACAAUGGGAAAGCAGAUCUUGUGGAUGUGAAGAAUGGCACUGGCUUGCUGUACCGGACAGACUUCUUCCCUGGGCUGGGGUGGAUGCUGAGCAAGGAGCUAUGGGAGGAGCUGGGCCCAAAGUGGCCACGCUCUUACUGGGAUGACUGGGUGCGCGCUCCUGAGCAGCGUUCUGAUCGAGCGUGUAUCAGGCCGGAGAUCUCCAGGACACGCACGUUUGGAAAAAAGGGUGUCAGCAAUGGCUUGUUCUAUGAAAAGCAUUUAAAACAAAUUUACCUGAAUGAUGCUUAUACCUCAUUCACAAAAACGAACCUGACCUACUUAAUAAAGGAUCAGUAUGACCCAGUGUUUGAGAAGCAGGUGCAGGCCAGCCAGGUGGUCACCAUCAAUGAUGUGAAGGGUGAUCGCUUGGCAAAGGGUGGCUUAUACCGUCUCAUCUAUCACACCAAAGACAACUUCAAGAAGCUGGCCAAGUCUUUAGGUCUUAUGGAUGACUUCAAGGCUGGGGUUCCAAGAACAGGCUACAAAGGGACAAUAACAUUCUUCUAUAGGGGCCUGAGAAUAUUCCUCUCACCAGGCAAUAACUGGAAAGGUUACAACCCCAGCUGGAGCUAACACCAGUCAGUCAGUAGGAUGUUCCUGGGCACAGUGGGUGUCCCCCUUGUGUUUUUACCGGUGGAAGUGAAUAACGAGCCAAUAUUUUUUGGUUAGCAGUGUUGGUGGCAAGGUGCAGCAUUCUUUGGGUUCAGGUUGUAGGCUUGGUUAGUUUCAUCACAUAUCAGAUUUCGCAUUGCAUCAGUUAUCACUUGUUCAAUUAUUCAUCCAUCAUUUUACUCACACCAUCAUAUGUGAUUUCUAAGGAAAUUUGCAGUUAAGUUUUCCUUCUUCAUCCUGUCUUGUUCUUUACUCAGUGCUUUCUGUACUCCAGGAUGAAAAGGAAUGGACCAAGAUCUUAAACUUGUACCAUAACAGCAAGCUAGAUUCUCAUUUAUUUAUAACUGUACACACACACACACACACACACACACACACACACACACACACACACACACACACACACACACACACACACACACACACACACACACUGACACACACUGGAGAUUAUAGCCUCUACACAAAUUACAGAAUCUUGUUCUGUUACUGGUUUUCUUCCAAGCUAUUGAUUUGUGAUAAUUUGCAAUCUGUUAUAUAUAUUCUUUAUGUAAUUCUAAACUUGAAAUAAUGCAGAGACAUACCUUGAGUUUAAAAACUUACUUAACCACUUCAUUGUUUUCAUCUUUAUUUUAAAACAAAAUGGUUGCAUAUUGAAUGUGAUUCAAUUUAAUUUAUAGGCCUUGAGUAUUUCUGAUUAUGAAUAUGGCACAAAAUUUUCCCAACAGUUUUAUGAUUUUAGAAUUAGUAUGUAAAAUUAUAUUAACCAUGAGACAUGAAUUUCAGUUAUAAUGUUAAUAAAAGUACCCAAAUAGUUUUUAUUUCACAGGUGUGUUCUUUUAAUCUUAAUUUAUUGUUAACUGAUGAUAUUAAAGAUUUGUUACAUUUUUAUUAAACUUUAGAUACAUUUCAAACUGUAUUGUAUGAUUCAGUUGUAUACUUAUUGAUCUAAUCUUAUUAAUUUAUUUAGCAUUUUAUUAUUUUUUUGUAUUGUUUUUAUUUAUUUUAUUAUUUUAUUUAUUUAUUUAUUUUAUUUAUUUAAUUUUUUUGUAGAAGGUACAAAAUCCCAUAAGAUGGGAACAAAGGUCUACCCCUGUCCCUCUUGGUCACUAUUUAACAGGAAGUGCAGACAUUGCCUAAAUGGGGCUGAUUGAAAGGUGAACUGCCUCUGUCACCAGCACUACACAGUGGUAGAAUUUGGAAUGCCACAUGCCAAUACCAGUGAAUCUGUUUGUGCUGCUCAUUUUGUAACCCCUUCAGUACCGGGAUGCAUUUUUACCACAAGUUUUUGGUAAGAUUAGACAAUUUUAUUUGCAUUAGGAAGGAUCUAUGCAGCUCAGAGGAUUAAUGGCCACAGUUUUCACAAUUUCAAUUCCCAUAUAAGUUUCUGAAGCUGUAUAAAAUCCCCAAAUAGUAGCCAGAAUGAAUAUGAAAGCACGUCCUGGUACUGAAGGGGUUAAAUAUUAAAUAGUAAUACAGGGCUAUUAUUGCUCAAACACACAUUUGCAAAUGGGAUGUCCUUUCAUAUUUUACUUUAGGAAAUAUUUUUCAUACUCUUCUCAUUAACUUCAAACAGUUUAAAGAAGACAAGAAAAGAAUUAAAUCACUUUCAUACUCUUCCCAUUAACUUUUAUCAAAGAAAACAAGGAAAGAAUUAAAUCAGCAAAGUACAGCGGAGACUCAAUAGUCGAACUUAAUUAGUUCCAAAUGGAUGUUUGAGUAUCAAAAAAGUUUGACUAUUGAUUUGUACUAAACUUAGCAAACCCAAGUUUAUAAAAAUUUCAAAGUAUUUUAUUAUUGUUUUUUUUUAUUUUGAUUUGUACAUACUGUAAGUGAAGGCUGGUGAUGGAUAACGUAGAAGAGGAGGGGAGGAGGAGGGAAGUCAUCAGAAGACAAGUCACCAUCCAUGAAAACAUCUGGUGUGAUUCCUGUGAAGCCACUAGUGGAGGGAUAUGGCUCAAUAACACUUGUACUUUCACAAGAUUCCUUAUUUUCACCACCAAUAAGUCUUUUUGGUGUCACUAAGUUAUUAAAAGAAAAACUACCAGAAGAAUGUGGUUUUUCUCAAGACUGCAGCAGGACUAGGGAUGUGCACUGGUAUUCAGUAUACCAGAAUACUGGCACAUCAGUAAUAUGGUAUCAGAACGGGACAAUGGCGGCGGCAGAGAAUGAGAGGCCAGAGCUUUGUUUACAACUGUGUGUGCGGCCAUUCAGUUACUAGAUAUUUUCACCACUAGUAAGCCUUUGGUGUUGAUAGAAGUUUAUAAAUGAAGAACUACAGACAGAACGCACUAGAAUUUUAUUCUGAAGACCACAGCAGCACAACUGGCAGAGUGGGGAGGGAGAGGCCAGGGACCCUUUGUUUACAACCAUGUGUGUUGACGUUAAACUAUCAGGUGUUUUUCGAGUAAUAAAUCAAAUUUUUGCGUUUGAGUAUUGAAAAGUCUGACUAUUAAGACAUUUGAUAUUGAGUCUCCACUGUAUUAAUUUUUUAUGACAGAUUUUUAAUUGAUAAUUAACAGCACCAAAGAAAAUGCAAUGAGAUUAAUAAUGAAAUGUAACACUUGUUCAAAUGUUGGGUUCUUUUUGUUCUAAUCCUCUAGAGCAGGAGUGGGCAAACUAUGGUUCACCAAAGGAAUUCAUGCUGCCUUCCAAAUGUUAGUAAAUUUGAAAGAAAGUUACCAAAGCAACGCCAAAUAAUAUUGUGAACAUCUUGCUUUUCUCCCACAGGUGUGCAUUUGUGUGGAAGAGUAGCUUUUUCUUCAAAAGCCUUUCAUUUUAUCUGUUUUAAAUAUUAUGUGCGCCUAUAAAAUUGUUUGCCUAUCCCUGCUCUAGAGGUUACUUCUGAAAGGCUAGGGGAAUAAUACCAAGAAAGUGUUAAGAAGCAAACAAUUAAAUCUCAGCCACAGUACUAGUAAUUCAUAUUUACAGUCAAAGAACAAAAGGUAUCACUAAUAAUUCUGGCUCUUGGUAUGUUAAUUGGGUAGAACAGUGGCAUGCACGUUUUUUGUUCACAUGACGAGUCAGUGUGUUUAAGUUUGAAAUAUUCUGUAUGUAUUAUUUUUUUUUUAAUGCACUAACAAGUUAUAGAUUGGUAGAGGUGAAGCUUUCAACCUAUGUUCUAUUGGCUGUGAACUGAGCACACUAAUCACCAAUGGUGUUAAAAUUUUAUUAACCUAUAUAGAGAUGGGCUUUGUUGUUCUCAUAAGCCUUCACAUCCUCUUCCCACGUCAGAUAUUUGCACAACUGUUCCCAACACAUGUAGUUUAGGGCAUAUUACUGCCAAAUGUUUAUCAACCUGCAUCUAACAGCAACAGAAAAACUUUCUUCCAAAACCUAUCAAAACUUUUAACUAACCAGUGAAGAGCUUUUAGAUUUGGUUUCCUCUAUCUUGCUUUUGAGCUUAUUCAUGCCCUUCAUAUGACCAUUUUUCAAUCAUUCACAUGAAAUGAAUUCCUGCCAAAUCUCCAUACUCUUGCAAUGAACCUGAACCAGGGGCAGGUCUUUCUGCCAAAAUUCAUCAGCUUAUAUCACUCAACAUUCUGUGACAAGGUAAUGCAAGCAGGUCUUUUAGUUGUUCUUAACUUAUUCAUCCAUCCCUGUGUCAGUAUUUUUUCCAGUUUGAUAAGACUGAAAAAGGGCCUUGAUACUGCAAGGCUUUCACAUGUAUAUACAUGCAAGUACAUUGGUAACCAUUCCUCAUAUGCAAAAUAAUUGUUUACGUAUCCUUAUAUAGAUAAUUAAAUAAAUAUAAAAUCUGGUUAAAGCACUAUUGCAUAUCACUAUCUCAUCCCACACUUCUUCUCCUUCACUAACUAAGCAGAUGACACUGGCUAUAGUCAGUGACUAUGCCACUGAUUUCCUGCUAAUGCUCAUUUCAUCAUGGUGCUUCUGAAAUCCAAAACUAUUUAGCAGUGAUACUAUCAGUUUGCAGAUGUGUAGACUACAGUGCAUAAUGCCUGAAACAGUUAAUAAAAGAAGAAAAAAACAGAAUAAAAAGAUAUCUUUACAUUAAAAAGAAUAGAAAUGUUUAUAAAACAAUAUAAUUGGUAUCUAGCUCACCUAAGGAACAGUUCUGCACUGCUGCCAGCAAGCAUUAAUGUCUUACCACCUGUGUACCUUGCUCCUGGUCCCUGCUUGCCACACAGCUCCACUCACACAAUGUAGGCUGCAAAAAAUCACACAGCAAUGCAUCAAACAAACCACACAAACAGCUCUUCAUUAUUUACAAUGUGGUGGCAGAGCAAUGUGCCACCGUGCUGUAAGGCCUCAUCUUGUUUAACACCAUCCAUGCUAGAUACCAGGACAGGACAAAACAGUAUGCAUCUCACUCACUGUCAUCACUACCACACAUAAAAAGACUUACAACACAAAGUGCAACUAUUUAAUUGCUUAUACAGUAAGCCCCCGCACUUGGCGAAUUAAUUAGUCUGGUGAAACUACCGCCAAAUGUGAAUUUCGCCAAACACGAGUUCUUUAUACCAUAUAAAUUGCCUAAAAAAUGCCUCAACCAGUCAUUGGUUUGCCAAAGUCCCUCUUUUGACCCCUAAAAUACCAUCUUUUGAGCUGAAAUAAAAUCUUUUGCCUUCAUGUAUUAGAACACAUGUACAAAACAGACCAAUAAACAAGCAUUUGUGAUGCUUUCCUCGUCUGUACUCCCAUUUUUCCACCCGUCUUCCUGCCCACUUUUGUCCUUGCCGCCACCACCAUUGUCCAUACGCCCCACUGGUACCACCUGUUGCGCUGAUAGAGGCCAUGUUGGCGGUAAAUCACCAGAAUUUGUUCCCAUGCUAGCAGAACAGAGGGUAGCACAAACAAAAUGGCUGAAGGAGACUCUCACUCUGAUAGAUUUAGAGAGAGGUUUGACGUCACAGGGGAGCCACAUGGUUUGCCAUGCGGCCGCCAGGGGACCACGAAGUUUGAAUUCAAAUCGCCAAGUGUGCACUCAAUGGUCCGUGACCACCCUACCGCCAAAAGUGAAUUUCGCCAAGCUGAGAUUUGCCAAGUGCAGGGGCUUACUGUAUGCAUAACUGUAAUCAGAGAGAGAAUGUUUAUCCCUAUACAUUUCAUGCCAAUAUCAAUAAAAGCUAUUAUGUUUAUUACAAAAAAUAUCAACAAUUAGAAUGCAAGUUCUGUGCUGUCACAACAGUAACACUGUAUACUACUACUGCAGAUGUUAUACACACAUACAGAAUGUAUGUAAAUUCAUGUUUUAUAUGCACAUCUCACUACCAGGAGGGAAAUGUUCUAUGCAAAACACCAUCCAUGUUAGGAAACCAUUCUGAUCCUGUGUCCACAAAACUGACGAUAUGAGUGCACCUGCUAGUGACUAUUCAACCACUCUGUUUCUACCAUUUUAAAUAUCUUCUAGGCCAGGAAAAAAAGACUAGCAAAUUUUCAUAUCAAGAAACAUGCUGCCAUAUAUUAAGACCACAAAUGAUACUACAUGUGAUGGCACCAUCCUUAGCCACACAUCAUCAAGAUUUAAUCCCAGUCAUGUCAUGGCAAGAGGUACCAGUACCAAAUGGUGGUUGCCCAAAUUAAAGUUUUUCAAACUCCAAAGUCAAGUCAAAUAACUGCUACUUAAGCAGUCAGCAGCUGGUGGUUUUAUGUUACCUACUUAGGGAGCAAUGAAGACCUUUCCCACCAAAUGUAGGAUGUAGGCCUAGUGGGCUAGGUAGUUGUCAUAUGUAGAGUGAUUCCUUUCUGCCAACAACAUGGUGGGUAUAAAAAGAUUAAUUAACAUCUAUUCUCUUUAGGUAACUGGUGGAGAAUGUUUCACAUUCUCUACCACUUUAGAACUCUUUUCUUAUUCCUCAAUGGACAUACCAAUCUAACAUAUCUAUUUAUGUUAUUCCCAUGGUCCACUCCACAUCACAAACAACUCAUUUUCACUACCACACAUCUUUCCUAUGCUUUCCAAGUUUUGGUCUCACUUGCAUAAUCAGUUUAGUCUCUAUUUUCCAGCCUAUUCAUGGAACGGUAUGCAUCCAAUCAGUUACAGCUUUGAAACAACAUAAAAUUAUGUAAUAAUGAAGGUAUGUAAUGCAUAAUAUACAAAACAUAAUUACAGAUAGGAUUUUACAAAGCACUUUGGUUGCUAUAACAGACAGUGUUUUGAUUAAAUGUUCCAAGAGACUGUGAUAUUCAUAUUUCACCACUAUCUGUAUUUUAAAGUUCACUAUGAGUAAAAAUAAAAAAAAAAUAACAUUAAGUUUGUUAAUAAAUAUUUUUGGCAAUGCAACUGAUACAAAGAGCAAACAUGUAUUAUGCCUUGCUUCAGUCUCAUUAAAAAUUACAGUAACCAACAGAAUCCUUAUGAAACUAUCUAUAAAGGUGCUUUAAUUGAACAUAAAUUUGGUGAUUCCUGCAAUUUUGGACUUACUCCUUAGUUUAAUUUAGUUUCAUUAUUAUAAAUUCUUAUAAGGAACUGAAAUUGUAAGAAUUAGUGGAAAGUGAUUUUUCCACAAUAGACAAGGUCAUGUAACUAUUCGUGUUACAGACCAGCAAUUCAUUUACAGCCAAAUGGCAACUUGAUCACAUAUGGACCACCACUCCCUCUACCUGUACCUCUGGCAAUGAUUGGUUAGGUUAGAUUAGAUGAUCAACAUCAGGGGGAUUAAGUCUGGCAGUUACUCAACUUAAUUGUUUAUCUAUCUCCUAUGUAACUUAUCAAGACAAACACCACUGAAAUCAUAAUUUUUGCAACAGUAAAGAAAAGCUGCAUAACAAUCACUCAAUGAAUUUUUAGGUGAAAUUUUGUGGAAAAGGAAAUAUGUUAUGCCCUCAGCAUUAGGUCCACAGGGAACAGCAAUCCUAACAUAACACAGCAACACUUUCUUCCUCUAACAGUACAGUCCCCUAUGUUGAUCACACCUUGUUUGUCAGACAGAAAACAGAGGACACAGAAGUAGAAAGCAUGUUCUGACACUUCAACUAAAUACUUAUGUAUUCAUUUCAUAGACUACUGCAAACUCCAUAUUACCAAUACCUAACAUGUGGAUUCUGACAUGCAAGAUAUAGAAACUGUUGCAUGGUUGAGUAUGUUAUCUAUACAAAUGCAAAUUUAACUAAUAAACACUUUCUACUGAGAUACUAAGUGACAAGGAUAUAACUAAGUUAGGGUAAUUGGCUGCAGGGAUACUCUAGAUUUAAGGAGAGUUUGGUUUCAGAAUGUUGAUGUUUUUAGUGACUGAAAAGUUUUCUUCACAUUAUGCAAUCAGUCUGAUAUGAGAUCUCACAGUAUUAUUUGCUUGUUUGUUUUUCAUUUUUAUUUUAGUUUCUUUUAGAGAGACAGGGAAUGUAUAAAUUCAUAUAUGCACAUGUAAUGACACAAAUGCCUUUAUACCAAAGCAUUGAUACACUUGUCAUCACAGUACACAGUACUAUAAGAUGCUGAAGUCAAAAUGAAUGAAUGCUACAUUUAAUGCUGUAGUACAGGCAGCUCUUGUCCAUUAUGUGCAACAACCUACAUCAUUUUGUGAGCCAUCAAGACAAAAAUAAAGCAUUGGUGUAAUUUUUUGUUACAUCACCUAAGUAUUCUUUUUUGUAAUGAUAAGUGAAACUGUUAGUCUUUUGAAGCCAAGUUACCUAUCUAGGGUGUCUUUCUUUCAUUUCACAAGUGAAGACAUCAUGGCAGCACUGCAGAUCCAGACACAUGCUGCUACAUUUUACCAGGUGCUUUUUUUGCCACUGAUGUCAUUUUAGAGGUUAUCUGAAAGUCAUACACUGCAACACAAAUAAGAUAUCUAAGAGAAAGUUAACUAACUUUUAUCAUCUUGAUUCUACCAAUAAAAAUAUAUCCCUAGAUUUUAGUAAAAACAUUUUACUAAUUAGGUAUUAUACAUAUGUGCAUAAAUCUCUCUCUCUCUCUCUCUCUCUCUCUCUCUCUCUCUCUCUCUCUCAAGAUGGUGUUCUUAAUGCUGCUCAUUUGUAUCACUUUCUUUGAAAUAACCUCAAAAUACAUACUCACAACCGCAGAGACAACCUACUACAUAUGAACUUUAUUCUGUUAUCAGCUAAGAACCCUCAUUCUGAUGUAGGCUAAAGCAGGUUGUAAGCGAAGACUCAACACCAUAAUCUGAUGUCAAUAUGCUGCAUUUGAGGACUCUGGAGGUGACAGGGACAAGUCAGAAAGAGCUGUCCUGAAGAUUUGGUCAGACAUUACCAUUUUGAAUGAAGUGGACAACACCUUGUAGUCAGCUGUAUCCUCAACACUACUGUACAUGUAUUAUUACAAAGAUAUAUGUUUGUAUCAUGUGCCAAAUUCUUAAUAUAUUGUAGGAUUACUGAGGUUCCAUAUGAUGGUAAUAUUUGUAGAAUAUAUUGCCUCUGACUCAAGCUGGACAUCCAGCCAUUGUAUUAUUAUCUCCUUUCUGACAGACUAGAACAGCCAAACUAUUCUUCAUGUUAUGUAGUGAGAAAAAAAAAAUAUAGGAGAAAAUAUUAAUAAAGUACAGUACCAGAAGCCACUCUGUCUAUAUGUAAUUCAUAUGAUGAUAUAGGAUAUCAGUAAAUGUUAAUUCAUUUUACAGUACAAUGUUACCAACAAUUCCAGUUGAUGAAGGAAACAACACAAGCCUUGUUGUCAUGUAAUGAAGAGCAAUAGCUUACUUUACUCAGCAUAUGUAUACAAGGUCACAUUCAUAAAUAUUUUCAGGCUGAUGUUCUUAUAAUACCAUCAACCCCCAAGCACUUCACAUUGAUAGCCAAGUUCCCAUGCCCACAUCCCACAUAAUGAUACAUUCAAUUCUACAUAACCUUUGUCUUUUGCAUUACUAGAUAGGUACCAUGUGUACCAACACAAGUCAAUAUUAGAGCUUGGCAUGAAAUUUCUAAGCAAAAUGGAAAUAAGCUUAUGGUUGUAUGUUUAAAAGUUUUCUUGUCUCCUCUCGAUUACCUAUUCUAAAAAAGCUCUCCCAGCACUGACGUUGAUUGUAAAGGUUUUGUAUAAUUGCAGUGAUGGUUUAGCAAGAAUUCUUUAUAAUCAAUGAAGAAAACACCAAUAAGAAUGCAAUUCUUCAUCUCUGUACCCUAUGAAAAUACUCUUUAUGAGAGAAGAAAACGUUUAAGAAUACGAGCCUUAAAAUUUUUGUUACACAAGUAUGUUAGAGCUUAGAAUUAAAUUUCUAAGCAAAAUGGAAAUAAGUUUAGAGUUCUGGUUACAUGAAGUGUGAAUGACUGUAAUUGUGAUGGUAUUCUCAAAUUACAACUUUGCAUAGUUUUGUAUCCACACAAAGUUAGCAUGAUUGUACAAUAUGGGAGCCAGCAUUAGAUCAUUAUAGAUUCUAUCAGAAACAUAAUAAUUAUUUGAUAAAAUAUAUGUGUAGUACUAACAGAAUACAUGUCUUUUAUAUGACUAAUUUUGCACAAGCUCACCUAUAACCAUUGUGUGUUUGUAUAGUGCAUAUUGUUAUUGAACAUAAUUAUUCAUUAUUCAGUUCUUCAAUGUAUAAAAUUAUAAGUUUUCAUAUAAAUACUGAUAUAUUUAUUCUGUUCCUUAUUGGAUUUUUUUCUUUUUGUAUGAGCAUCACUUUCUUUUUGUUAUGAAAGAGUAAAAGGUCGGCAAAAAGUUGGUAACUGCUUGGAAUCUCUUCAAAAUCAUUACAUUCUAUAAUAGCUUUUGACACAAUAUUGAGUACAAUAAAGUGAUGAAUUUC